AUGGCUGAUAAUGUACAGGAAACUGAUGAUGAAAAGCUUGCUGCAGGAGCUGAAAAACCUCGAGUUUCCCCUAAUUUGUUGGUAGCAGCUAUCGAUUUUGGAACUGCCUACUCAGGCUAUGCCUUUUCUUCAAGGGGUGAUUUCACGACAAACCCUCUCAAAAUAUCAGCUCAUGAAUGGAAUAAAGAUUUGAUAUCACACAAAACACCAACAAGUGUUCUGCUGAAUAAAGAUAAGGAACUGGAUUCUUUUGGUGAUGAAGCAGAGAAGAAAUUCAUGGAGUUGUCUGAAGAUGAAAAGCAUCGAGAUUAUUACUUUUUCCGAAAAUUUAAAAUGUUGUUGUACAACACAAAGGAUAUGGGAAAAAGAUUAACAAAAAAAACCUUGUUAUUUGAUAUCAAUGGGAAAGAAAUGCCGGCCAUUGAUGUGUUUGCCAUUGCUAUAAAAUACAUGAAAAGCCACCUCUUAAAGGAACUUGAAACAAAAGCUGAAGGAUGCAUCAGAGCAGAGGAAAUUCGUUGGGUGUUAACGGUUCCUGCCAUUUGGAAUGAUCCAGCUAAGCAGUUCAUGAGAGAUGCUGCAGAAAAAGCAGACAUAAGAGGGGAUUGUCUGACCAUAGCAUUAGAACCUGAAGCAGCAUCCAUUUAUUGUAAACACUUACCCAUUGAACAGAUACAGACUGUUGGCAGGAAGGACUUUGGAAUGUUUCAUCCUGGUAGUCGAUAUCUUGUUUUGGAUGCGGGAGGUGGAACAGUAGAUAUCACAAUUCAUGAAGUAUUACAAAGUGGAAAGAUUAAGGAGAUAGAAAAGGCCAGUGGUGGAGCUUGGGGAGGCACAUAUGUGGAUAAGGCCUUCCAUGAAAUAAUGGAAAAAAUAGUGGGAAAGGAAUUAUAUAACCAAUAUAAGACUGAGCAUCUUGCUGACUUUUUGGAAAUGUGUCAAGCUUUAGAACUUAAGAAAAGGACAAUAACUACAAAAAGCUCAAGUGCUACAUUUAAAAUUCCAGCAUCCCUUAAAGAAAUAUGUAAGAGUGAACAUAAGAGUAAAUUUGAAGAUUUAGCUGCUAAUUCAAAAUAUGCUAAUAUUUUAGUUUGCAAAAGGGAUAAGUUAGAGUUUAAAGAAUUUUGUGUACAUGAAUUGUUUUCUCAAGUCUGUGAUGGGAUUGUCAAACAUGUGAACAAGUUACUGGAAAAGCCACAGUGUAGAAACAUUGAAAAUAUUCUGAUGGUAGGUGGAUUUUCAGAAUCCCCAUAUCUUCAAGAGACAAUUAAAAGGGCUUUCCCAAAUUUUCGCAUUGUUAUUCCAAAUGAGGCAGGUUUGGCUGUCUUAAAAGGAGCAGUUCUCUAUGGUCACGAACCUCAGACUGUAACCUCAAGGAUUGCCAAAUACACAUACGGAGUAGAUACACUGUCACGAUUUAAAAAAGGAGUACAUCCUCCCAAUAAACUCCAUAUGGUUGAUGGAACCGAAUAUUGUUCAGAUGUAUUUAGUAAGCAUAUCACAAAGGGAGACGAGUUAAACAUUAAUGAAACACAGGAUGAACAGACAUAUUAUCCAGUUCGAGAAAAACAGAAAGCAAUUCUUUUUAACGUUUACACAUCUACAAACAAAAAUCCUCGAUACACGGAUGAUCCAGAUUGCAGUUAUCUGGGAUCUAUGACUGUGGAUAUUCCAGAUACAACUGGUGGUACGAAUCGGAAAGUUCUCGUGCGUUUCAUAUUUGGAGGAACUGAAAUUAAAGUUGAAGGAAAAAAUGACCAAACAGGAGAAAUAACUGCCAUCAAGUUCAACUUUUUUGAAAGUGGACCUGAACAAGAUGAGGAAUACAGUGGUAUGCGUACAGGUAUUGAAGAGAGAUAACUUCAUGAUUACAUGUACUUCAAAUUCCAGGACUCUCAAGAAAGAAGAAAGUGCUUUAUUAAUUUUAUAUAUGUAUGUUUCAAAUGGAUGAACAUUCAAACAUUCAUCUUUUUUUCACUUUCAUAUCCUCAAAUAUUUCAAUAAUCCUACAUUUUGAUGAAAGUAUCUGAUUAAUUGGAGUUAAGAAA